UACGCACUAACACGCACACAAAGAGCUGUGUCGCCUCGUGUUUCCUGAAGUCCACAAGUUCCUCUCAUGAUGCUGUUAGGAUUUAUCUUCAUCAUCACCCUCCCGGGAUGUCUCUCCAGUCCUCUGCCCAAUGUGACUUGCAUGAUCAUCAACCUGGAGUAUGUAAACUGCACCUGGAAUGAGCAAGGGAUCCCAGACUACAACUAUACUUUCUACAGCAGGUUUGGGAAUCAACCCUACACAGAGUGUCCUGAGUACCUGAGGGAGGGGGUUCACACGGUGGGCUGCAAGAGGCCUUAUGGAAGAGGCCAGAAGUUCGAUAUGUUCUACAGCAAACUGUCCUGUCCUCACUGUGCUGCUAACAACACCUCAGAACGGAAGCAAGAAAGUGAUCUCCGAGACAGGGUGAAGCUGGACCCCCCUCACAACCUGUCACUGGCAAUGCAAAGCAGAUCAGAGCUAUGGCUCUACUGGAACAUAAGCGCAAUGUCCUCCUGUGUGGAGAGUGAGGUGGGCUACAGGAAGAGCACUGACCAGGAGGACGGGGAGGAGAGCUGGGGAUCAUGGACCAACCUAGUUGUCCAAGCAAAUUCUUUCAGGCUUCACUUCCCAUCAAGCAGUAAUCGCUAUGCUUUCCGCGUGAGAACGCGUGUGCAAGCGAACUGCCGCGAAUCCAUGUGGAGUGACUGGAGCUCUCCUGUGCUCUGGGGUGAGAUAAAGCAGAAGAAUAAUACAGUGCCCGGAAACCAAUUCAACGGUACCCUGACUAUGGUGGUGUCAGUCAUAUGUAGCGUAGUGGUAUUAGUUGUAUUGGCUUGUCUGUUGGUUCAAAAUGAGAGGCUCAGGGUCAUCCUUAUUCCCAUAGUUCCGAAUCCUAGCAAGACCCUGGAGGAUCUCAUCUACAUUCAUAAUGGAAACGUGGAGGAGUGGCUGAACAUUUCCAAGGACUUUGUGGAGGGAUUCAAGCCCAACUUCUCUGAGCCUGUCUGUCCUGUGCGAGAGUACAAUCUUGUUCCUCAGACUAGCAUCAGCGGCUCUGAGUGUUCGCUUCCCAUUCUGAUGGACCAAUCAGAUUGUCUGUCGUCAUCAUGCUCAACGUCCAGCUCCAGCCUCCCUAGCCCACCAGAAAACACCCAACCUAGCCUCGUGUAAAAAAAUCAUUAUUAAACUGAUAGUUCCUGUCCUUCUAAUAGUUCCUUCUUUCUAAUAUGUCGAUCCAGCGUUCUAGCUAUGUGUACAAUUACAGUACACCAUGGAAAUUACCUUCUUACCAUAGCAUAAAUAAUAUCAUUGCACACAUACCUGAUUUAAUUGAUUUAACACAUACAUAGAUUUAACUUAAAUAAAUAAAUUUAAAUAUAAAAUUGCCUGAUCUUGACAGGACCAUCGUGUUGAGUGAAACUGGAAAGUAAACACUGAUAAAACAAAGAAAGAACAUUUGUAAGCUAAUUUGCUAGCUAUGUUGUUAUAAAAAAGGCAGGUACAGAAAUCAUUAGCUAAGUAGCUAGCUUGCAGUUUACACCAGUUGGAAAACAAGUUUAACAUUUGAUUCCUCCUUUGUUUGCUAGCUAGAUAAUAAUUUAGCUUAUUUGUAAGUGCUUACCCUGAUAGAUAGCUAGAUGUAGAUGUAGCUAGUGCUCUACAUCUAUAUCAAUGGAGUGAUAAAUGCCCUUGGAACCACGUUGCUGAGGAUUUGCAAAGCAACAGGCACCAUCACAUAUUCUACCGACUCACUCUUGUGAAUCGCUGCCACUCACCCUGGUGCAGAAAUAUUCACGUUAUGGUUUAGAUGCCAGGAAAAUUAUGUCCAUGAGUGGGCAUACAUCAGAGAGCUGCCUACAGGGCUACCAGAGACCAAAUCUGGACAGAUAUUGGGUGCUCUACCAGCUCACUUUGGAAAAAGAAAAACUGUGUGUGUAACUGACUCUGAACGUAGCAAAACAGGACAUUUCUUUGAUUCUUUAACAAUUGUCCAAAUGAGACUAAAUAAAUAAAUAACAGAGCUAUUAGCUAGCUAACACUGCAUAGUUGGAAUCAUGUUGCCGUAGAUUACCCCAGGCAUAGCCAUGUUAGCUAGACUUCACUUCAUAGAGCUUUCUGUUGCCUAACGACAAUUUCUUUUUCAUUCUGCUCAGGGACUAUAUCCCUUAACAGAGGGAUGACAUAUGAUGAAGUAACUUAUUAUAAUGAUUAUACAAAUUACAAUUUGUUUGUAAUAUUCUGUGUAUGUGAAAGAACUGUUUUAGAAAUGCAACAAGGCACUAAGGCAGUAAGUCCGUGGUAUAUUUUGAAUAUAGUCACAGCUAAAAGGAUGCAGGCACUUCACUGCACGUUGUGUGUGUAUCUUCAUGAUAUACCCCGGCCAAAAAAUAAGUUAUUGAAAAAUAAGAAACCUGGCUUCUUGUGCCUUGUUGUUUUAACAAACCCUCUUUUUAGAGGUAACCAUCAUGACUCACAGCUGCUGUACCUUAACGGAGCUGAAGUCCAUGUCAUCAUAAAGUGUUCAGUGCAGGCAUGUGAUGACAGUGUUGCAUCAGAUGUGGAGGUUUUUGCAUUUGUCUUGUUUUUGUUAUUUAGUAUUUAAUUGAAAAAUUCAUUAUAUGAGUUCAUUGAAUACAUUCUAAAUAUGAAAUUAUCAAAAUUAUGUUAUUCUUCUGAGUUCCUAUGAAUUAUGAGUUUUUCUGUCAGACCAAGUUAGUUGAAUGUGUUAGUUAAAAAAAAAAUAGUAACCUGAAAAUAUGAACUGAUGUAUUUGUUUGAAAACGACUUACAUGGCUGAGAACAUGAAACAUUGGAAUGCAUGGACUGUCGAACCUUGUUUCCACUGACAGACCUUAUCUAUAGUAAAGUUGAGAGGUAAGAGACAUUUUUGCAGGAAAUUUAACAAUCCGUGUAUCCCUGUAGUGUCCUCUACUUUCAGCCAUCAUCAAAUUUAAAUUCAUUUUCAGUUAGUUGUCAUAUUUCUCUUUCUACU